AUGGACGACGUUCCGCCACCUCCGUAUACCGAAACUGACAUUCAUUCACAUUCAAGUCGUUCACCUGUCGCUCAACCUGGGGCGAACGACGAUAAUGUCUCUGUUACUACAUCAUCCCAUAGUACUACAAUCUACACCCCACCGGAAACUCCGCGAGAGUCGCACCUCAACUUCCCUGGAAGUGAUGAUCGUCAUACAAUAGCCUCUGCUCAUUCUUACUUCGAGUCGCGCUCUACUAUCAGAGGUGCGACCGGCAAACCCUUCGUGAUUUCAUUAGCUAUCACAGAGGAUGCCUCUCCAGAUGAUUUCCCAUACCCGGGCUGGGCAAGAGAACAUGACACUACCGAGCAAGACUGGCAGACAUUUCUUAACUAUCUCUUGCCUGAUCAUGUCUCGCGGACGAACUCGAAUGUAAUCGAGCGUAAAUUACAGGCUGAGGAUGAGAAGCAAUCGUCAAAUACCAGCAGAAGCAUUGCCGAGGCGCAACUAGGCCAAAUUAAAUCAUCUACUAAUUUGGCGACGCAAACUUCGCAUGACGUCGAUGCCAUGAUCCGAGAAUGGAAUGAUGGCUUUUUUGGCCCUAGAGGUGUGACUAUUGAACGAACUACGCCUCAACCCCCCAGCACAUCGCGGACACCCGCUACCCAACAAAUUCCCCCUGUCGAACCCCAGCCUCAGCCUCAACCCCAACCCCAGGGGCAAUCUUCCAGAUCAUGGUGGAACCCAUUCCGACCCCUCGAGGCAAAUGGCCGGGGCCUCCGUAUGGGGCGUCUUACCAUUGAUAAUGAUCGCGUCUCGUUCGGCGACUCGUUCGAAGUAGAUCGCAACGGCGGCGUGGCGGUGGCCGAGGGCGCUGGUGGCGAGAUCGCCCUGACCAUGGUCACCAGGGAUCGCCGCGAUCGCUCACCCAGUUUAAGCUCUAGCGGUUCUUCCUCGUCUGACUCAGAUUCAGGGUCUAGUAUCGGCAGCCUCCCUGAUUGCGACGAUUUAAACGACUCUCAGCUUCCUUAUGCCAAGCAAUCGAUCCGCACAUGGCUCGAUCACCCGGAGCAGCCCGUGACCAAGGGGAUGCUCAAGGCGUUGCGGUCCGAAAUCAAGGCCGCGAAGAAUGCUCCUCCACCAGCUGACGACCCGACAUGGGAGGUUAAUAAGCAGGCGACGCGCCGAGAGGUACAAGCGUUGCUCGCGCGAUUUCAAAACUUGAAGCGGGAGCAAAAGCGACGCGCGAGAGCACUGCGUAAGGAGAAGAGGGAGCAGAAGAAAGCAGAAGCAGAGCGGGAGCGCAGGGAGCGAAGAAGGGCAAGAAGCGAGAGCGGAGACAUUUACAGCGCGACGUCAGAAGCGCCGAGCGCGAGAUGGAAGGACGUUCUAGACGCGGUCCUGGUCCCGGUUUCCCCUUCGGUCGCGGCGGCAGAGGGCGAGGCGGACCCUUCGGUGGCCACCAUCCGCGCCCCUGGGAAGCGCACGUCCAACACGCAAAGCAGCAGGCCGAGCAAGCGAGAGAUCUUGCAACAACAAGCAAACCAAGCUAGAGAUCUCGCGCAGCAACAAGCUAAUCAAGCUAAAGCUCACGCACAACAGCAAGCAAACCAAGCUAGAGCUCAUGCACAAGCAGAGGCGAACAUGGCACGGGCUGAAGCGCAGAGGACAGCGAGUGCAGCUCGCGCCCAAGCUGCAGCCACGGCGGCUGCCGCUAUGUGGGCGUCUGUUCCAAGGGGGUACUCUCCCUGGGGUUCAGCGCCGCCGCCGCCUCCUCCUCCGCCGCCAGCAUCAGCACCGACGAACGAUAAGCUCCGGGCAGCAGACACCCUAGACGCACAGAUCAUGGACAAAGUACGUUCGCUAAGGGCGCUACGCGAGACGAUCGAGCGGGAACAGACAGAGGCGGCGCUACGUGGGGGAGAAGAACGAGGCGAGGACAAGAAGAGCACGAGUAAGGAGGUAGAAGCCUCGGUCCUGGAAGAUGACAUUGAGAGGCUACAACAGGAUGUUGAGAGGUUGCGGUUUGAAGGCUUGCAGUUACAGGCCGACGAAGAGCUUGCGAGGAGGUUGCAGGAGGAAGAGCAUCAACGCGGAUAG